GCCGUGGAGGAACCACGUGGGCGGCAGGCGGCAUGGAGAGCGCGCAGCGGCGCUUCGACUCGGGAGAUCUGCCCGCUUUGCGCCGGAUCGUGUGCGAGCAAGGACCGCUCUCCCGUCCCGACGGCUCCGUCUCUUGGAUGCAGGGGGACACUUCCGUGUUAGCCGGAGUGUACGGACCCACAGAAGUUAAGGUCAGCAAGGAAAUCUACGACAAAGCGACUCUGGAGGUGCUGCUAAGGCCGAAAGUGGGCCUGCCAGGUGUCUACGAAAAAAGCCGAGAACAGAUGAUCAAGAAGACUUGCGAGGCCGUGAUUUUGGGCAACCUGCAUCCCCGUUCUUCUAUUACGGUUGUGCUUCAGGUGAUCACAGAUGCAGGAUCUCUGCUCUCCAGCUGCUUGAAUGCCACCUGCAUGGGCCUGGUGGACGCAGGGCUGCCAAUGAGCUCCCUGUUCUGCGGAGUGACCUGUGCCUUGGACGCCGACGGCAAUAUCCUCCUGGACCCCACCAUGAAGCAGGAGAAGGAUGCCCCUGCAGUGUUGACCUUCGCCAUCGACAGCAUUGAAAAGAAAAUCCUGCUGUCAAACUUGAAGGGGGCAUGUUCUGAAGAACAGCUUCAGCAAUGCAUUGCCACCGCGCAGCGAGCGGCCGAAACCAUCUUCCGCUUCUACCGAGAUGCUGCCUGUAGGAAGUACUCCAAGUGGUGACUGUUCUCUGUCCCCCACCCCCCAAGUGCAGUGGGGCAGAUUGUCUCCUAAGGAAGAGAGGCGGACACAGCCAAGAAUGGACUCUGCUUUGCAGAUGACAACGCCCUGUGCGUGGACUGCUGUUAACCCAGGUUGUGGAAGCAGCUGGCUGUUUGGAUGCCAACAAGCUAGGAAUGGUGGCUACCUAAACAUCGAACAACCCUCAGGAUCCAGGGGUUUCAAUAUGCACGUUAGGUCUCCGCUUCCUGCCUCCAGGGAAAGUUAACCCAGUUCUUGCUCUGUUUUGUCUCCUCUUUUCCUGCUUCCGACAAAACCCACCGUUUCUGCACAUACUAUUCUCUUCUCGGCUGGGUUAGAACUCUCCUUCCUUCUCCUUGUCUCCUGCUCAACGUCAUCGUGCUGGGUCCUUGCAAAGCCAACCCCUUGUGUUCUCCUUUCCUGCCGUGAGCAGAAAGAAGGAAAGGGGGAAAAAAUUACCCUAUUUUGCUGAACGUUUGCCCUAAUCUCAAACUCUCUUGCAAGUCAUUAGCCUGGCUCCUACAUCCUCUGAAGCCACCAAUUUUGAUAGCCCUGGUUGGUUGGAGAACCAGCCUUGGGUGGAUCACCUGAAAAGUGUCACCUUCUGGGCAAAAAGAGUCAUCUUACCAGCACCCCUUUUAGGGCCCUGUAUCUCCAAGUGGGCAAGGCCAACAUGUUUGGAUGAAUUUUGGGGUGUUGAGGACAGUUUUUUGCUCCUUAGUCCCAUCAGAAACAGAUCAGAGAACUUCAGCAGUGACCUAUUGAAUUAUUUUCCAUUUUUUAAAGGACUUUUCUUAAUCAGUAGAGGGAGCUGUAACACCGGCAGAAGAAUCUCUGUGUUGGAAGAAAAAAGCUGCCAUUACUUUAGGAGUCUGGACUUUUGCUGUGUUGGGUAAGAAAUUAAUGUCACAAAUAAAAUAGCAAAGAGGGCCCUA